AUGUUCGAUGUUCCUAGUGCCAAACGCAUCCGUCGCGACGAGGUUCUCUCGCCCAGCUCGUCCCGUUCAGCAUCUCCUGCGCCCGAGUCCGACCUUCAAGAUGCUCAUGCGCGACUAGGAAAAUUGCUUGAUCUCGAUGGGCUCUUCGGCACAGAAUCAGCUCCGCGGUUAGAGGAUGAGUCUGGAAAGCCACCCGUAAUAGGGAACAAUGACGACGAAGAGCAAGAAUUCGAAUUUCGAUUAUUCAGUGCCCCGGCCAAGCCCAAGACCGGUACAGAUUCCACGGAUACCCAACAAAAGAAAAAGAAAACCACAGUGACCGAGGGGCCACCCAGUGGAGAUACACAGAAGUUACGGAUCCGCUUGCGGUCCCCGACGCCCGUCACAGGAGACCCCUCGCAGGGCCGAUUUGUCAAGUCCUUCCGGGGGUGGCAGUACUAUUUUUCGUCCCCUUCUCUUUAUGAACCCGGGAAGGAGAAGAUUCAAUUUGAACAUGCGGACCGGAUAACAGAGAAGAAGCGCCAAUUUGAGGACAUGGCCGUGAGUGGUCAGCACAUGGAGACCUGGGCGAAGUCACAGGCCUGGCCCGGCUGCCAUCUUCCUUGGCGAGUCAUCCAUCUUAAACGCCAUCAGACCAAGCUACCCCCGGCGGCAAAGGAUGUCCCGGUCUAUGUGGUGAAGGAUGCUCUGUUGCCUACAACCCCAACAUCUUGUAAGAAGCCCGGCAAGAAGCGGCGGGUCCAGCUGCGCAAGCGUGCCGCCGUCGCGCAGGCAGCCCAGGAGACCGAGGCCGAGAAACGAAACCGCAAGAACCGAGAGCGCAAGAUCAAACGCCGACAAAAGGCUCGAGAGCAGAAGGCUGCGGCUACAUCAGGCGAUGGGGCUGGAGAUGUCACUAUGGCUGAUGGCGAUGAUGCUUCCUCUGAUAGCUAG